AUGAGUCUAAAACGGAGAGAUUAUGUGGUCGGCCAAAUCUUCCCUGCGUUCCCUCCCUCUUUCUCCUCUCUCUUCCUUUGUCCCUGUCCCCUGGUCUCCGUCUCCACACAGAACUGCUGGGAAGGCGGCUGGGCGGCUGGAGGGCUCGGUCCCCCCGCCCCAGUAGGGUCGCCGUGGGUGACACUCAGCCCCGAGGUGGCGUUCCAGGAGCAGAUUUCGGUGCAGUUGCCCUACACUUUGGCUGCUGGAGUCCACGCAGUAAGCGGGGAGCCGCCGCUGGAGCCCCUGCCCCCAGGCGACCGACACUGGCGGGGAGGGCGCGCCGCGAGCGGCCAGGGGCCCGGCGUAACCUCACCGUGGUGCGUUUCGGCCGCGGCUUGCUUUCUCAGUCUUUUGGUGCAGGGAAGGGGAGGGGUUCCGAAGAGACCGCAGGGAGAGGCGCUGCGAGGGAUCCUCGGGCUGAGGGCGGGGGGAGGAGAGAGGGAGGAGAGAGGGAGGGAGAGAGCGGGAGCCCGGGGCCGGGGCCGCCUGAGCGUGGGCGCCGCGCGGGAACCGGCUUUGCUGCGCGCCGCGCCCGCCCCGCCUGUUGAGCGGCAGCCGGGAAGAAGCGCGGCGGCCGCCGGCGGUGGGGACGCCGGUGCAGGGACCCGCGGGCGCCGCCGCCGGGCCCCCCUCCGCCCACUCUCCUCCUGCGCGGGCGGCGCGGAUCUGCGAGGCGCGCCCCGGAGCUGCCGGCGUCCGGAAACGCAGCCCGAGGUCGGGACGCCCCCGAGAAUCCAGAGUCGCUCCUCUGGCCUUCUGCUGCCCCGGACGCUCCCGUCACCAGUGUCCCUGGUCCCGUAG